AUGGAGCCAACUGUGUUUGGUAUCGCGCUCAUAGUGAUUGUAAACAUAAGGGAUUGUGUGUCAAUAGGAAAUAACACCGCACAAAGGAAAAAUCCUAUAGUUAAUUUCAAUGAACUGAUAGAAGGACUAAUUGCAAGAAAUGGGGGAAAUCAUACAAUAAAUCCAAACGAAGACACGAUUAUUAUCCGAAACCAUAAACCACAUCAUGAACAAGAACCAUCAACUGAAAAACCAAAAGGGCAGGAAUCGCCUGCAAGUUCGACGGAACCUGCUUUAAAUAAUAAAAAUUCUAAAAUCAUUUACGUAAACAAUUUUCCUUUUGAUUCUGAUAAUGAUGGCAAAACAGAUGACAGUGACAGCAAAAAUGUAGUUCCUUCUUCAGAUACCGACAAUGUUCGCAAAAAUAAUGAGCCGCCAUCUAAUUUAUCACCAUUAAGAGACAGUAAAAAAACACCGUGGCCUAAUAAUAAAGAGAGCUCUGAAAAUCUGCCAACCAGGCGCGGUAUGAGUAAAAAUGUAGCAGUGCCUUCUAAUAUUCGGAACCUGACGGAUCAUGGUGUGGGGCUUGUUCUUAAAGAAGAAAUAGUUUUUGAAAUUGAAGACGAGAAGCCACCUGAAUAUCCAAAGCCUCCCAUAAAAUUUCGUUUACACACUACAACGACAAAACCGUUGCCAACGUAUAAGCCCAAUAUCAAAGGGAAAAACAUUACUACUAUUAAAUAUCUUCCAUACUUCUCAGGUUUAAGACAUGUCUUGCGUAAUAACACAGAAAAACCGAAACUUAAGGGUCCACCCCCUCGCAUGAAAAUCCAGACACCUCAAAGUAAGCUUCCAAUACCAGGUGAAUUUAUAAACAAAAUCAAUUUUGAAAGUUUACCACAACCGCCUAAGCAUUCCGAGGAAAAUAUAAAACUGCACACAGAGCUUAAUAAAUUAAACGAAAAAAUUAGCAAACUCCAAGAGAUUUUGGAGAAAACUUUAGAUAAACAAGAUGAACUUGAACGAGAGUCACAUAAAAAUUUAGAAGAAUUGUCUAAGCUGCAUGAUAAACCGCACACUGAUGCUGGUGCCUUAAGAGCACCAAUUCCUGAUGUAGACCAACCAGAUUUUGGAAGAAGCUUGACUAAUGAAAGUUUCAUACCAUUAAGUCAUAGUAGUACUCCACAUGUUUCAAGACAAGGAAUUCCGGAAAACUUUAUAUUGAGCAAAUCCAUCGUACCGCCAUUAUCAGCGCUUGCACAGAAUGAAGCUCCGUUGAUAGAUCCACAUAUGUUGCAAAGGCAAUUGCUGCUACUCAAAUUGGCAAAUAUUGCAAAGAUGGAUCACGGUAUCCACGAUGUGCAUUUGUUGAGCAAAACGAGGAAUAAAUCUAAGUAUAUUUUUCCCGUGCCUGUCUAUCGUCGGCGAGUGAUCCUAAAACCGAUCGCGAAGAUUAUUUAAACAAAAUUGCCUUUGUCUUGGAAUGUGAGAACACUCCAACCUAUUUGAACGUACAUUUGAGCCUCGUGGGAUCCGAGGAUGUCAUCUUUAUACUUGCAUUACCACAGAUAACUACUGGACCACGACUAUGUACUCAGCUGCCUAUAGCUUGGUAAUUAAUCAUGCUAAGAGGAAAUUAUUUGUUUUAUGAGUUUUUUAAUUAGACCACUUGGUAAAA